AUGUGCCAGAUAUAUUUACACCUGCUGUUCCUGGUGACACUCAGCUGUCCGUUUUGUGCUGAAAAUACGACAAAGAUUACUGUUCCCUGUCCAGAAGAGCAGAAGGCCUUUAGAGGUUCCUGCUAUGAGUUUGUGAGUCUUCAGCGUACUUUUUCCGGUGCCCAGGCUUGGUGUGAACAGCGUGGUGGACACCUUGCGUUUAUUCCAGAUGAAGACACUCAGUACUUCCUUCAAAGACACUUGGACCCCAAGAAGGACAUGUGGUUUGGAGCAGCACCCUCUACAGACCUGCAAAUUCCUCCAACUGUUGAAGGUCCUUUCAUUUGGCUGAAUGGCUCAUAUAUCACCUACUCAAACUGGGUGAGCAGCCCACAGCCUGGAGCUGCUUGUGGACACAUGCUGAGAGACUCAGGCUUCCAAUGGGAAGCAACAAUACACUGCAACAGAGAAAUGGCUUUUAUCUGUCAGUUUGAGUCAGGGAGAUCCAUUGUAUGUGCAGGUCGUAACACCACUCUGCAGUGUGGUUCUGGUCAAGUUUUGAUGAUAGAUGGUGGCUUUUAUGGUCGUGAGAACAAUUAUUACUGUCGAUCUACUCUGUCUCCACCAACAACACACAAACAGUAUCAGUGCAGCUGGGUGGAUGUUGUGGAAUCGUUAACAGCUCAGUGUCACGGCCGUAGCCUCUGCAACAUCACUGAGGUUGUGGAAUCCUUCAGUGAACCCUGUCCUCAACUGGGGAGCUACCUGUCUUUGGACUACCACUGCAACGAUGGACUUACACUGUCAGUUAGCAUUGUGGCUGCUGUUUUUGAUGACAUCACCAUCAGUGUGAAGUGGCUUUUACAUUUGCCAGAGGGAAACCUUCAGUGCAAUCUGAGUCCCGGAGAUGGCCUUGUUAUUUAUCUGCACAGUCCAGAGGGGUUGGAGAGCAGCAUGGUGCACAAAUAUACUCAUCCAGGUACAUUUGUUGUGGCAGUUGAAUGCACCAGCCGUGACAUUCACAUUACAGCUCAGAAAAUAAUUACCAUUCAAGAGCCCAUUAGACAGUUUGGUGUCAUCAGAUGCUAUGCUGGAAAACUGUCUUUUCAUGGAACCAACUGCAGAGCCUAUUAUGAAGAGCAAUUUCAAAUUCAAAUGGAAGUAAAAGCAGGUACAAAUGUAACCUACAGAAUCCAGCAUGGUGGAACGGUAUUGUCUGGUUUAUCUGUUGUCAGAGGGAAUAUUCCCCAGAAUGCCACACUGACUCCAGAAAUGGUGAAGCUGUUUGGGCCUGGCUGCCACCAGCUGACCCUUUAUGCAUCUAACAUGGUCACGUUCCCUGAAGUGGCUGCAGACCUGCAGAUGUGUGUGUUAGAGAAAGUAGCCGGGCUUCAGGCCUCUGUGCUGACAGCGAGGGAUGAUUGUCUAGACUCUCCAGAUAUUACUGUUGGUGUUUCCGUCAAAGGGGGGGCACCGGUGCUGCUCCUCUUCACUUUUGCCGGAGAGAAUAUUUCAUUCUCUGAGACCAGAAAAAUGAAAACAAGGAAGGAAAUCUUUCAUAUUGGACACCAGAUUCAAGGGUCUGUACAAGUAAAACUCAGAGCAUGGAACAUCUUCUCCUCUUUGGAAGUGGAUGUGGAUAUGUUUGGUUCCUGUGGCAAGGAUUCAGCUCUUAAACAGAGAAAGAAACAUGUAAGGGCUGUCAGAAGUUCACUGAAAAUCACUGCAACGCCUUCAGCAUCAUUAAAUGACAAAAAUGAAGUUAUUGUGCUUACAAUUAAUCAAGACUACAAAGACCCAAAGAAACGUUAUCAGUGGUCAUGCAUGAAUCCCUGUAAAUGCUCUGGAAAUGUGGAUGGGCUGACUCACACCAUUAUAAAAAGCUGUCUACCAGAUCCAUUUGAAUUUAAUAGGUAUCAUUUUAGUGUGAUAUCUAAAAAUGGCAACUCAGCUGAGAAGUCUGAAUCCGUAUGCAUCACUGUUACACCUCAGACAAAGAUUCCACACAUAAGUCUCAUUUGUGUUGAAGGCUGUCACCCAAUAAAGCAGAACACGGAUGCAAAAAUUAGAAUGAAUUGUACAGGGAAUACACAGUGUCCAAACGUUCGGUGGUACAUUGAGGACCCAGAUGAUGAAACCAGCUGGCCAGAUGAGACAAAGCAGUGCUACAAAGAUGCCAAUCAAAGGCCACUUGUACGGAGAAUGGAUGGUGGGACUGAAUACACUGUGAGUCAUUCAGUUCUUACAAAAGCCAAGACUAAACGUCAGGAUGUCACAGUGGUGCUACUUUCUGGUAAGCAUCUGCGUUGCAGUAAAGACAAUGUAUUGGAGUCUGUCUUCCUUCCUCUUGGCGACAGCAGCUCCAACCACAGACUGAUUAUCAAAGCAACGGCAAAAGACAAAAGCUUUGUCGCUCACACCACUAUAACUGUACAGGUGCUGGAUUACACAGAUAACUCCAACUCUUCAGUAGAUGGUCUUAAGAUUGUAGUGGAGGCUGCCGUGGCUCGGAUGAACAAACUCGGUAUACUGUCAGGAGAAACCUUGGGACAGAUGUUCCAUUCUGUGGGCAAUCAACUGAACGGCCAAUCUGAUAAAAAGACGAAACAGAAGAGGCAAAAGCUUCGUGAGCAGUUGCUUGAUACAAUGAUUGAGACAGUAAAUGAAGUUCCUACCAAGGCGCCAGAAGAAGUUCAGGUGGCAUCAAGAGGACUUUCUGCUGUCAUUCUAAAAGACACUGAACUUAGCUCUUCUGCUCAGGAAGAGGCUUCAUUAUUCUUCGCAAACAUCAGCUUAUCUCUGCUCCACAUGCAAGUGAACGAUAGUGGAGAAAUACAGUUAGCAGCCAGCUCCAUUGUGGAAGCUGCAAGCAAUAUCCUGGACUAUUCUUCCAGUGUGAGUAAAAACAUCUCAGAUGCCCUUCUCCUUGCUCUACACAAUACACAGAGUGCAUUGUUAACAUUUAAAGGUGAUAAUGAGGAGCCAAUUGUCAUCCAAAAAGCUCACAUUGGAAUGUUGGUUAAUAGAGUGGCACCGGGGAGUGUGCAAACAAAGCCUAUAAAUCUUCCCAACAACUCCAGCUCCUCAUUUUUUCUUCCGAAGUUACCAUCUAAUAUUCUUUCACAUAGAACAGUGGAUGUACGCAUGCUGAGUUUAGACAAAAACCCGUUUUCCUGGAAUGACCAAGGGAACAUUAGUGGCCUGGUUGGUGCUCUAUCCCUUACAAGAAAAGAUGGCUCUGAUAUUCCUGUGGAGAACUUGAGUGAGGAUAUUGAGAUUCUCAUGCCAAGACCUGUUGGAGAGGAGGUGACCACCUCUGUUUUGGACCUGGCAAACUACAGCACAACAGUCAUAAAUAUUUCUUCAGUGUACACUACACUGGUGUUAAAGAUGAUGCCUUCAAAGGAUCCUUUACCCUUCAAACUGUUCCUUGGUUAUAUGGAUUACCCUACUGACACCAAUUAUAUAGUAAUGACAGAGAUGCCUCACCAAGGAGCAACACAAGAGGAGAGGUACACUUGGCUAGUAGAACCUGAGAAGUUGAAGGGAAACACUGGAGAGCACUAUCUUUUGGUGAGGCCCAUAGUUGGUCCAGGUAUCAAAUCAAUCGAAGCCAAUUUAUCGAUUACCUCCAUCAAUACUGCAUGUCAAUUUUGGAAUGCAACAACAUUGGAUUGGAACAGCCAUGGAUGCAGGGUUGGUGUUAACACCACAGAUUCAGUCACCCAGUGCCUCUGCAACCACCUCACUUUCUUUGGGAGCUCUUUUUUUGUCACUCCCAACCUGGUCGACCCCUCACGCACUGCUGAGCUGUUUGCAACUUUUGCUGAGAAUCCUGUGGUUGUCUGCUUCGUGGGGGCACUCUUUGUGGUCUAUCUCUUGGUAGUUGUCUGGGCACGACGAAAAGACGUUAACGACGUGGCCAAGGUGAAGGUGACUGUGCUGGAGGACAACGACCCCAUAGAUGAUUACUGCUACUUGUUGAGUAUCAGCACUGGGUAUAGGAGAGGAGCCUCCACUUCCUCUCAGGUGACCAUAACUCUGCUGGGUUCAGAGGGAAACAGCGAGCCACACCACCUGACAGAUCCAAAGAAAUGUGUGUUUGAGAGAGGUGCGGUGGAUAUGUUCCUGCUCACUGCACCGUACUCCAUGGGAGACCUGCAGGGCAUCAGACUGUGGCACAACAACUCAGGAAGUCAUCCUGACUGGUAUGUAGGCAAUGUCAUGGUUCAGGAUUUACAGACGGAGCAGAAAUGGCAUUUUCUCUGUAACUCCUGGCUGGCUAUAGACAUGGGUGAUUGUUCCCUGGAUAAGGUUUUUUCUGUUUCAACAGAGAUGGAUUUGAAGAGGUUCAGUAACUUGUUCUUCAUGAAGACAACUAAGGAUUUCCAUGAUGGACACCUCUGGUACUCUGUGAUCAGUCGACCACCUAGCAGCACCUUCACUUGUGUUCAGAGAGUUUCCUGCUGCUUUUCCCUGCUGCUCUGCACUAUGCUGACCAGCAUCAUGUUUUAUGGCAUCCCAGCAGAUCCCUCUGAGCAGACCAUGGACCUGGGUCAAUUUGAGUUUACCUGGCAACAGUUCAUGAUUGGAGUUCAGAGUUCCCUCAUCAUGUUUCCAGUGAAUAUCCUCAUUGUUAGUGUAUUCAGAAACACUCGUCCCUGGGAGACUGCUUGUUGUAAGCGCAAAACAGAAAAGCCAGAUGCCCUUGAACAGACUUCCUCCCCAAAGAGUGCCACUAACAACAUAAAUGUCAAUGUCACUUUAGAAACUGUCAUUAAGGAUAUCACAAGAAUUGCCCAUUCACUGUCCAAGACUGUCAAAAGCAACAUACCAUGCACAGAGCCCGAGUUUGGCCCUGGACAACAAGUUGAUAUCAACACUGUCCUUUCCGUGGUGGAGGACUUUAUCAAACACAAAAACAAAAACAAUGACACUGCCCAGACAAAAACUCAGAGCCUUCAUAAUCUCGUUCAGCCUCAGCUUCCAGAAGGCAGUGCUAGUAAGCAUCCUGGGUCACCAGUGGAGGCGAUUCAAAAGAAGAGCAACAAAACCCAGUAUCUAUAUCGGCAGCUGUGUCAUAUUGACAAAGAGCUGAAUCAGCUUGGACCCUCUGGCUUCCCUACCCCACACAGCUACAGCCAGGCUCUGCAGCAGGUCCAGGGCAUGAAGGGCUUUCUUGAAGAUCAGCUCUUCACAUUCAGCUGUUAUUAUUUUACUUCUUUUACAUCCAGAUUGAGCCCAACAGACAGCACUGAUGGUCAUGAUAGGCAGAAGAAAAGGGCAUGCUGUCAUGGAGGACUACCAUGGUGGUUCAUUUUUGUUGGUUGGCUGCUUGUGAUUGCAACCAGUUGUGUAGCAGGAUAUUUUACGAUGCUUUAUGGGUUGAAGUUUGGAAAGCAACGCUCCAUAAGCUGGUUGGUAUCCAUGAUUAUCUCCUUUUUUCAGAGUAUCCUCAUCACUCAGCCAUUAAAGGUGCUAUGUCUUGCAGUAUUCUUUGCACUUGUAAUAAAAAAAGUGGACGAAGAAGAUUUCCAAAAUGUGGUAACUGUAGGAAAUGACAAUAAUCAAGGUGAUUGUAAAGUCCAACAAACAACCAGAGAGAAUAACAGCGUCUAUGAGCCUCCUGCUCCAACAGAUGUUGAGAAGAUGAGAAGGAAAAAAAUCCUUGAACAGAAAGCUUUUGCUCUUCUUCGAGAGAUUUUGACCUACGUGGGGUUUAUGUGGAUGUUGCUGUUGGUGGCAUACAGCGAGAGAGACCCCAAUGCUUUUUUCCUGAACCAGCACAUUCGGAACAGCUUCAGUGGACAGAUUUCGGACAGCAUGAAUCUUGGAGAUGUGUUCAUUUGGGCCAAAACAUCUCUACUGAAUAACCUUUUUGGAGUUUAUCCAGGAUUCAUCACUGAUGGAAACUCCAAGCUAGUUGGUAAUGCCCGCCUUCGACAAUUGAGAGUGCAGAAAAACUCCUGUCAGAUUGCCGGGUCCAUGCUGCAGCUUAUACCAGACUGUCAUGCUCCCUAUUCAUGGGAGUUGGAGGACAUGGGCUCCUAUGACCCUGGGUGGAACCACUCUGCAAGGGAUAAUAACUGUACAAGCACCUCCAGCCCGUGGGAGUACCAGACACAGUCUCAGCUCAGGGCUUACCCUGCCUGGGGCAAAAUAGCACUAUACAGGGGAGGUGGCUUUCUCACAGAGCUUGGGCCGGAUUUACAAAAUGCUAACAGCAUCCUUGAGUAUCUGUUCAGGAACAAAUGGCUGGAUAUGUACACUAGGGCGAUCUUUGUAGAGUUCACUGUCUAUAAUGCUAAUGUGAACCUCUUCUGCAUCGUCACACUCUUGUUGGAGUCCACAGGCGUAGGAGCGUUUCAGUUCAACAGUGACCUGCAGAGUGUACGGCUUUACCCAUCGACAGGUGGCCUUCACAUCUUCGUUAUGAUUGCUGAGAUCAUAUACCUGCUUUUCAUUCUCUAUUACAUGUUCCUACAGGGCAAAUUAAUGAAGCAGCAGCGGUGGGCUUACUUCAGAAGCAAGUGGAACCUUCUUGAGCUGACCAUCAUCCUACUGACCUGGAGCGCUGUGGCUGUUUUCAUCCAGAGGACCCUGCUUGGGAACCGUGAUAUGACCUAUUACCAAAACCACAAAGACCAAUUUCCUAGUUUUUAUGAAACAGCCCGAGCAGACUUAUUGCUCCAGUAUCUGAUCGCCUUCUUGGUCCUGCUCUCCACCAUCAAACUGUGGCACCUGCUCAGACUGAACCCCAAGAUGAACAUGAUCACUGCUACACUGCAGCGAGCCUGGAGUGACAUAUCCAGUUUCCUUGUGGUCAUAGUGAUCAUGCUUGUGGCGUAUUCGAUUGCAUCCAACGUGAUUUAUGGUUGGAAGAUUUCCUCAUACAAAACUUUAGCGGAUGCUCUCGUGACCAUCAUCAGUUUGCAGAUAGGCAUCUUUAACUAUGACGAGGUCUUGAACGGCACUCCCCUGCUCGGUGGAUUACUCUUUGGUUCCUGUAUUGUGUUCAUGACGUUUGUGGUACUCAAUCUCCUCAUCUCAGUGAUCCUUGUGGCAUUCAACCAGGAGCAAAUAUAUCACAAGCCCUCAGACGAGGAGGAGAUUGUCGACUUGAUGCUGAUGAAAAUCUGCAAUCUUUUCGGGAUCAAGUAUAAAAACACAAAAGACACCCCGGGGGCGGAUGUGAAGGGAGAUAGUGACCUGACCCUCAAUAAUGGCAAAAACAUCAUUAACAGUUCCUCAGCUGGUGUAGACAUUUUUUCCACUGACAGCUCAGUAAACCUCUAGAAACAUACCAUUAAAUUUAUGUAAGUUUGUGUGUUGAAUAUUUUGCAUGCGCCCAUAUCUACAGGCUCAUUUAUUCAUGUUUGUUAUUCCCUUCGUGUUCCCUACUGGAAAGCCAGAGUAUGCUCAUCUUCCUUACGGAUGUAAGGAUGUACGGAUGUUAUGAUAAAUUAUCCUGUACGUUGCUGGCAUGAAUGUGUGUUGAAAUGUUUAUUUUGAAAAUAUAUUCAUUCAUAUUUAUGUUUUGUUCCAAUUGGCCUUACUCAGGAUGCACAAAGAAUACUUAGACACUAAGUAUAUUAGAGGCAAUAAAUAAUUAGAAUUUAGAUUCUUACAUGUGCAAAAUGGCCAUGAAUUAAUAGAGAGUAGGAAAUAUAAAUCUGAAAGACUGACGGAUUGAUUUGGCAACAUCCCUGAUUAUUAAAGUGACAGCAUGUGAGGUUAAAUACAGCAAACAGUCUUUGAGCAGCUAGAUUGUCAAAACUUUAAAACCCAUGAUAUCUCAUAUUUAUAUUUUGCUAAUCACGUUUUAUCUGUUACGGAAAUAUAAACAAAGAAGAGAUAGCUUUGCUAGGUGUGAAAUGUAUUGUAGGUGUAAAUGAAAAGGUCUGUCUGAGAAAGUAUACACUAUGUUUGAUGUAUUAGGUAGUGUUUAGACUGCCACUUAAUAAAUGGCUCACAGACAUUGUGACAGG